CGCGGUGUGCACUGCAGUUACUGGAACCAGGCGCGCGUGUGUGCUUUUCUCUCUUCUUCUACGUCCUGGUCGUCGUCUUCUUCUUCUUCCCUUACUUUCUUCGCCCAGCCGGUACGUUCGCGUAUACGUCGAGCGUGCACGAUACGCUCAUCGGCCAAGUAAUCGUGGCACGACGCGUGUAAAAACUAUACCGUCGCCGAGGAGAUGCACGAACACGCGCUUGUGUCGGAUUGUACGGCGUGCAAUUAAAUUGGCGACGAACGCGAGUGUUGGGAUAUACAAUAUAGAUUUUCGGUACUCGUCGUGCAGAGCGAACCGAAGGAUUUCAUUUUGGUGUAGCUACCCACGCGCGGAUGAUCGCGGACCUUUGGCGCGAUAAAGUUUGGUAACAUCCAUCAGCGAAUCAAGACUGUGUUGAAAAGUGUGAACGAGUGACGUUUCGCGACUGGAGUACGAUGCAACGUGAGUGAAGAGGACCGAUAUGCUGGUGGUCUGGUCACGCCGUUGCGGCGCGUUCCCAUUUAAAAGCCGAGCAACGACGAGCUGACGCAUGGCCGAACAGUAACGUCAACCAAAACUCUUUGGCUGAGUACAGUGUCUCCGAGAAGACUACGCGUGUGAAGUGGACGUGUUACAAGUGCUGUCCGAACUUAAACAAACAAAAGAUCCAGACGUGAAUCUUAAUCAAGGAACGAUUCACGGAUACGUGUGACAAACACUUAUUUGAAAUAGUCAAAAGUGAUAUUGAAUACCACAGUGAACCCUUUAAAAAAAACGGAACAUUGUGAUAGUGCAACUUAACAAAAGUAAUCCAGUGUGUGCGAUCAAGCGACAUUUCGUUUUCUUUUUUAAUUCCAAAACUUUAAGCUGGAAACUGAACGGCUUGAAAACUUGAAGAUUGAUCCUCUUGUGAUUCAAUGACGACUCUUCGCAUCUAUUCCGAUACUUGGUCAACAUAGUCGUACUAGGGCGCAGCGUACUCGUUGUAGAGAAGCCCCAAAAUUCGGGCCCCGUACGGAGGGUACGCGACGGUCGCGGCGGCGACGACGUCGUCGGCAAGCUUGGCGGCGGCGAGGACCGUGGGGUGUGGCGGCGGCAUCGACGUUGUGUCUAAGGUGGAGCGUCCGGGCAGCACGACGACGCUCAAUUUCACGGAUCUGGGGAGCCCAUUCGGGGCGGGCGACCCCUGUCCGUCGAGUACCCCGACCCCGAACAGCAUGUCGGGCGGCGGUGGACCUACCGGCGGCGGUGGUGGCGGCGGUGGCGGCGGUGGCGGUGCCGCCGGUACCGGAGGCGCCGGUUCCGACAUGGAGCAACAUCUUCAUCACGCGGGCCUCGGUUCGGUGACGCCCGGUCCACCCGGCGGUAACGGCGGCGAUAGCACGACAUCCAGCACGCCGGUCUCUCAAAGCGGCAAGUCCGCCUUCAUCGAACUUCAGCACAACAACCUCUACAAUCCUGCGAGCCUGCGGAGCGGUUACCCGGGCGGACACAACAUACCUGGAGCGCACCAAUUCUCGCAUCAGGUCGGUUCGUUGGCGCACCAAGGAUCUGGGCCCGGCAGCGGGAAUCAACAGCACGCGGACGCGGGCUUCCCCAGUCCCAGAUCGUUAGCCGGAUAUCCGUUCACGCCCAUGCACCAGCACAACGCCUACGGAUAUCACAUUGGAACGUACCCCCAGUGCCCCUCGCCGCCCAAGGACGGGUGGUGCAUGUUCGCAGACCUCUCGCCAUUGGGUGAUAAGAGCGGAAGCCUCGUCGACGAGCUCGGCGGCGGCGGUGGCGGUUCCCUCAGGAACGGCAAGGGCAAGAAGAUGAGGAAACCGAGGACGAUUUACAGCAGCCUGCAAUUGCAGCAGCUCAACAGGCGGUUUCAGAGAACGCAAUACCUCGCGCUACCGGAAAGAGCGGAGCUCGCGGCCAGCCUCGGACUCACGCAAACACAGGUGAAAAUCUGGUUCCAAAACAGAAGGAGUAAGUAUAAGAAGAUGAUGAAAGCAGCACAGCAAAGUGGGGGUGGUGGUGGUGGCCAGCAUGGCAGUCUCCUGGCGGGUGGAACCGCUCUACCUGGUGGACCAUCCCCUCAACCUGGUCAACCCGGAAGUCUUAUGCAAGGAGGGGGCGGAAGUUCCGUGUCGGGCAGCCCGACGACGGGUUACCUCGGCGGCAUGGGCGGCGGGGGCGGCGGUCACACCCCCGGGAGCUCGAGCCCCGGAAGCGAGAUGUCGCCUCAGCACAACGAGAGCCCACCGGCACCCUCCUGGCCGGGCGAGAUGAAGCACCAUCCGCAUCCACACGCGCCACCCCACUCCCAUCAUCAUCCGCACACGGCCGGGCAUCAUCCACCGCCACCGCCACCGCCGCCGCAUCACGCGGGUUACAUGCCGCAGUAUUCCUGGUAUCAGGCGGACCCCAACCCCGGACUACUCACGGUAUGGCCAGCGGUUUAACGAAGAUAUCCCUUGAACUGAGUUCAGAUGACCCAAUCUCUUCGUGGCAUCGCGAACGUAUCCCAGCGGUUCCGCCCCAAAGUGUGAAUACGUGUAGCGCCUCUUGCGAGGAAAAUUGAAUGUUAAUAUUGUUUUUAAUCGUCUAAUGAAACCCGCAUGCCGGUAUCCGUGCGGGCCGUCCGUCGAAGUGAGAGCGGUACGAACAGUGCGACGUUGUGUGUGAUACACGCCCCUUAGCAAAAUAUUAAUAAUAAUAAUACUAAUGAGACGAGAAAGAUGCAACCACGAAUGCCAAUCGGCGACGAAUAUAGACGCUUCUUCAAAGCUGACAAAGAGGAACGACGCCUCAGUUUCCAGCGUGGACUGACGACUACAGCGUCGCGGAGAAUCGGAAGUCAUUCGUGCGAACGAUUCGUGCAUCGAGUGAUUUUUAACUGAUUAGUGACACGUUGUUUCUCGGUGCGCGUCGUUUCGUUGUGCUCUGUGAGACAUUUCCUUCUCGAGCUGGAAUCGACGUUAAUUGGAGGAAGACAGGAGCGACGUCGUCGUACGGUGAAGUAAAAAAAAAGUACGUUGUAAAAAAGAUGAUAAAUAAUGAUAUAACAGAGUGAUUUACGAAGCGAAAUCGCCGAAAAUCGACCCGUGACCAUUCGUGAUGCGAGUUCUCCGUGGAACGACGUCGAUCAUUGAUGAUCUUGAAGUUCGAUUUACGAGUUGGAGGGUACUUGUAACGCUUCGCGUAUGAUUGAGUGAUUGUCACGACUGUAACGCUUUUCGUGUUUGGCAAGUAAUCGUUGUCGCAAAAAUGAUAGUCGCGAGGAAUCUUUUUUCCCGGGAAAUAAAACGGCUUCUCUACAUGUCUGUUCGUGUCGACCGCCGUGAUUGCGUGCAUCGGAUCUAAUUUGAUUAUUACGGUUAAUUAUAAGCAGAGAUUGCCUCUAUGUAAUUGUUUUCAUUGUGAAAAUGUUGUUGUCCGCCGUUUGUCAAGCGUGGAAUUGCAUACCGAAUUUAAUCGCUACGGUUAAUCAAAUAAACAAUUUACGCGAUACAAUAAUUUCCUAUGAAAAGAUAUUGAAUCGACGUUACCAUCAACCAUUACAAUUAGAUGUUAAUUCAUUUUAUUUCUAGAAAUUAGAAGCCUCAAAUUUAUAAUC